CAUCAUCAACAUCAUCAUCCGUAGCCAUUUUGGCUCAAGAAAUUUUGGUGCAAGAAGUUUUGCUCUAGAGGAAGCGCGCCAGCACGUCGGGGGCAAACCUGGUGCAGCCAUGGUAUCUUCAUACACGGGGGGGGAGGUUGCGGUGGUGAAGCAGACCUCAGCCCAUACGGCGAAGCCGAAUGGAACGAUGUUCUUUGCCAUCGCCAUGGCCAUGGUUGGGGCAAUGAUGUUUGGGCUUGACCAAGGUAACUUCGGAGUCGUGUCUGUCUUCGAGGACUUCGAGUCGCACUGGUGCGAUCGCAAUUUUGGUGAUAAAGCUCACUGCCACGGUGAGCUAGUAAAGGAGAACAAGGAGUGGGACGGCGGCUUCAUCCUCUGGGGUGGCACGCUCAUCACUUUUGGUGCCGCCGCGGGGGCGUUGACACUUGGUCCCGUGAUGAUGAAUAAGCUCGGGCGCAGACGGAGCAUUGGCAUCGGAGGGUUCAUUUGCUGCAUGGGUUGCUUGCUGGCCUCGUACCUGUCCUUUGGCAGCAUCCCCGUCUUCUACGUUGGCCGCUUCAUCACGGGCUUUGGCGUCGGCGUGGCUUGCUUGGUCUUGCCAGUGUACAACUCGGAGUGCUCCACCCCGUCAAUCCGCGGUCUGACAGGUUCGUUUUUCCAGCUGAACGUCGCGGUCGGAAGUCUCGUGGCCACCCUCAUCUGUACGUUUUACAAGAACUGGGCAUUUGGCAUGUUCCUUCCAGGACUUGCAGGGGCAAUUCUCGCGCUUGCGUCAUUCUUCCUCCCAGAGUCGCCCCGGUGGAUGAUGGCUUCCACAGGGGACUACGAAAAGGGGAAGGAAGAGCUUCAAAAGAUUCGCGAGGGCAAUGUGGACAUUGAAGCAGAGGAGAUGUGGGAGGAGAUUCAAGCAGAGAAAAAUAUGACCGAGGUGAGCUAUACUGGUCUCUUCGAAGAGCGCAAUCUUCGCAAGCGAGUGUUGAUAGCAUGUGGCCUCGUCAUGGCCCAGCAGUUGACUGGUGUGAACGCCUUCCUCUCGUACUCGGGGGUGAUUUUCGGGAAGUGCGGCUUUGAUGAUCCCAUCCAAGUUACCCUGGUGUUCAACCUCUGGAUGAUAUUGUUCGUCAUCCUUGGCCUCGUCCUGAUCGAUUCGAAGUAUGGCGGACGCAGGAGCCAGCUAUUGGCUGCUACUGCCAUCAUGGGCCCGCCGCUCGUCGUAGCUUCUAUGGGCUUGCAGAUGGCGUGGAACCCAUUGAUCGUUGCAGCUAUGGUCUGCAUCUAUGGAGGCGGCUUUCAGCUUGCUUGGGGGAUGGUGCCGUGGAUCUACCCCUCAGAGAUCUUCUCGAUGUUGGAGAAGGAAAAGGCAUUGUCAAUCGCAGUGUUCGUGAACUACAUGUUCAAUGCGCUGAUUGUGUACAUCACGCCCGUGCUGAUGAACUGGAGCAUCACUGGCACCUUCUAUGUAUUCGCAAUAUUGAACAUCGGUUGUGGACUCUUCGUCUGGACCUUUGUGGUGGAGACCAAGGGCAUUGCCUUGGAGUUGACGCCAGCGCUGUUUGAUAGCUCUAACCACAAAGGCGAGGACUCAGACAGCGACGACUCAGACAGCGAAGACUCAGAUUAGGACUCGCAGGUUGGUCCGAUCAUGUCGAGCACUGAGGCGGCACAGGCGCAUCCUCUGGUGACGCAUGGGGCAGAGCUGCGCCUAACUGAGCCGGGAAUGGUUUUGCAGUUGGUGCGUGGCAGCACCACAUAUUGUCGUGCACUAGUCGUGCCCCACACGCGUGCGCAGGGCGUGUAUCCUUCAUAGAUACGGCAGAUCGUUUUGCCCAGUGGAUGGUGGCGGCGGUAACGGGACGAAUUGGGAAACGGGUAGGGCAAAACCAUAGAUCUGGCGAUACGCGGAGAGGGAGGGAUGUGUUGCCUUGGAGAGGCCUUCCCAGGUAGCAAGCCCUGAGGAGUGACGCUGUGUGUUUCCAUUCCGAUAUUGCAUGUGUAAGCUAGGCUUCCUCGACCUGCACCUUCGCGACAACCAUGAAACACCGUGAGGAGGGGUAUGACGAGGAGGAGAAGGAUCUGUGGAUGGGGGAACCAAGAGAUUCAGAGUCGGCGGUCUGGCUUGGGAAGUCCCGCCAAAAGCUCUAGGGUUCUACAGACCCCUGUACCCUACAAAAGUUUCAAGCUCCAGCACGAUUGUGCGCGAAAGUAGGGGUCUGAAGGCAGCGAUUUUAAUGACAGUGACGGGGACCGCUGAAGUGCGGUUGGGGCGUGAGGAGGCUUGCUCCGCGGAUUGCCGCGAUGUGUCUCCCGCCCCCUUGUCUCUGUAUGUGCAAGCAUGCAUGCCAAAUUGCACAUGCCCGGGAGCUUCCUCGUAGUUCUAACCAGACACCAAAAAAAA